GGUGUGGGUGACGGAGGGAUGUGGAUGUGAGGGAGGGCGACGAGUUCAGAUCGACCCCUCCGGCAGCGCGGACAGCAAGUGAGUCAUCCCCCCCUCCGCGCGUAUUCAGCUGCCGCUUCAGGCGCACGUUGGCGACCAGAGAUGACUAGAGAUGACCGUAACUGCACAGUGCGCAAUGCGCAAUGCGCACAGCUGUCGCGGCCGUCUCCAUCUCCACCCCCAUCUCCAUCUCCAUCUCCACGGUUCACGGCCAGGCGGUUGAAGACGCGAAGAAGCGGUGGCCCGGUGGGGGCCCAUGGGAUCGAACUGGACGACUCAGGAGCGCGAGAGCACGAAUAUGCAAUAGACUGAACGGUGGGCACGGGUCAGGACUUGGGGGAGGGGGAACCGUGUGGGUAGUGGUACGGUUCGGUGUGGUACGGUUCGGUGUGGUACGGUUCGGUGUGGUGUGGUUUGGUGCGGUGUGGUGUGGUUUGGUGCGGUGAUUGGCUCCGCACUUCUGAGUUGGAGAGCGGAGGCUGGCGAGAACGGCUCGAUUGGGUAUUGGGUAUUGGGUAU